AUAUUUUAUAUCGUUAAUACUCCCUAGAAGCGAUGUAACUCACUAUGCCAACAGCUUGGAGAGAUUAUAUUGAAAAUUCACUCUUGGUAACAGGUUGGCUGAAAGAAGCGGGCAUCUAUGGACUCACUGACGGCUCUUGUUGGGCAGGAACAGAAUGUUUGAAAACUCUCCAGCCGCUUCACGUUCUCCGUCUAUCCGAAGCUUUCAUUGACUCAGCUGAAGAAUUAUUGAUAGGCGAUAAGAGGUUUAGUUGUGUCCAACAAGAAAGAGAUGUACUAUUAGGAAAGUCAACGAAUGGAUCUGGAUCAUGUGUAAUUUGUAAAGGCUCAAAGCUCUUAAUAAUUUCUCUAUGUGAUAAUGCUCAACUUGGUAACGCGUACAGUCUAGUUUCAAGGCUUGUUCGCUAUUUGCGUGACCGAGGGUAUUGA